AUGAAUAUGAAUACUGUACUAGACUCGGUCCAAGAAGAAAGCUUUCGACAAAAGCUGCACAGCAAGAGAGCAUCAUUGACACCCGCCGAAGCUGCCUUUUUGCAUGCUCUGCUCAUUGAGGACCCGUCGGAAGAGAAACGAGGUGACAGUGAACGAUCCCCGCUGAUAAAACAAGCCUCUAAACUACUGGAUGAUGACAUUUUGUUUUCCAUCCCAGUUCCUUUAUUGGACAAAGAGGACGCGGCCAAGAUUGAUCAUGAUGACGUUGUAGACGUUGUGGAGGAAGAGAAGCGACGACCAACCGUGGUAAAAAAACCGGAAGACUAUCGAUUGCUGGUAGGUCUAUGGCAGGCGCACGAAGAUGGCGUCACCACCAAACAACUCACGGAACUAAACAGAGGUAAAAUGAACUUGAUGGAAGACGAGACCAAAGAAAAUGGCGAGGACGAUGACAAUGAUAAUUCCAUCCCUUUUGAUGAAAAGGACAAAGGAGCCGACGAGCAAAAGGAGGAUGACGAAAAGACUGCCGCUUCGGACGUGGAAGUCCGUGGAAAGUACGAUGCGCGGAGUGAGGAUAGCUCAUGGAAUGAAGAUGAAGUCGAUCAUUUUGAUGCAUGGGAAGUCCUGAAGGACGAAUACGCCAGUGACUUUGGCUUUGACUACUCCGUUGAUGGAAGAAUGCCAAGCAUGGACGAAGGGGAGUUGGACAAUCCUGGUUUCAAAAUCUUGGGCACCUCGGCAGAUGAUACGUCAGCUCAUCCCCAUGUACUGAGUCCUCCACUGAUUGACGCCGUCACUACCUUUAUUCCGGAUCAUUUGCAAGGCCAAAAUCUGUGGCUCAAAUACAGCAUGAUUCGGGAUGGAGCUAGCCUCGAAACCUUUAAACAAUAUGCACGUGCCUCCAAGGAUACUAUCCUUGCUAUUGAAACAACCAAGGGCGAUGUCUUUGGCUGCUACACGUCAGCGGCCUGGCGGACAAAUCCCAGCUUUUUCGGAGGCAAGUCAAUGGUGUGGAAAAUGCGACACAAUCGCCACACUCCCUGCCAUUCACUCUUUGAACAAGCCGAAAUGGAGAGCGAGAUUGAUGUCUUUAUGCUAGUGGAAGAAGGACAAAAACCACAAUGUUGCACGCAUGACAAACUUGGAAUAGGAGCUGGAAAAUUGAGAGACUAUGACUUUUACGGCAAAGACCUGGAUCAAGAUCACGAUACUUCGGAGGACGCAUUUGCCAUUGCCGUGCAAGACGACUUGUUGUCUGGAACCACUAGCAAAUGCCACACAUUUCGAAAUUCGUGUCUAAUCAAUUCCGAGGUGGACUCUGAAUCCUUUCAAGUCUUGAAUUUGGAAUUGUGGACCUUUACGCCCUGUUUCAAUCUUGACUCGGCCGAAAAAUUGGAAAUGACUCAAUUCUUCAUGAGCGAGUCUAUUCGCAGUUCCAGCAUGAUGUCUCAACGAUCGAAUGAUAGCAUCAUAUUUUCUUCCCGAGACUUGGACCAGCAUUCGUUCUAUAGACGCGUUGGACAUGACGAUGCGAAUGAAGAAAUGCGAGAGCAAUGGCAGUAUCGAACCAUGAUGGAUGGUGAAAUGAGUUCCGGAAGGGGAAUGGCCACUCCGCGCUUUAAUAACGCGGUUGCUUCGAGGAGAUAA